AUGGCUUUAUAACCUUGCAAAAUUUUAUCUAUUAUUUCCCCUAAUCAAUUUAUGAUUUAAACUUAAUAAUAGAAGGUUGUUAUUGUUGGUGAUGGAAUUCCUAAUUUCUUAACAAGAGAUUAAUUGUCUGUGAAAGAAAAAACUCUUGAGAAAUUUUUAGAAUAAUUAUAAUAUGUCAAUAAGGAUGCUUUAUACAUAUCUAGAUAAAAUCAAAUCUAAAUCAAUGGAAAUGAUUUAAUUUAAAAUAUUGAUGAUAGUGUCGAAAUCUAAUUAAAUUUAAUUGGUGUUAAGAGCAAAACACCUAAAAUAUGUUAACCCUUAAAUUAAUUUAUUAAAGAAAUGAGAAACAAGACAAUUAAUGCCAUUUUGGUAUCUUUUGAAUGUAAUAGUCUAAAUUUUUUAUUCAAAAAUGACACUAUAAUAUCUUUAGUACCUAAUGCCAUAGUAAUUGAUGGUAAUUGUUAUUAUACCAUAAGAUUUUGGAAUAAAAGAUUAAGAAUAUGCUAAAUUAAUGUAGAUGGAAUGGUUGAAUAAGGAGUUUAGUAUUACUUUUAAAGGAACAUCUACAAUAGCUAUCUUCUAGAAUGAUAAUGCUAUACAUAUUCCAAUUUUAAGAGCUGAAUUACAUUAUAUUAAUUAACCAAAUGUUGAAUUAAGUAAUGAAUUUUACUCAUCUUUAAUUCAAAAAGGUUUUGCGCAUAUUAGUGAUUGGGGGUAUAUAAAUAAAUAAGUUAGGAAAUUAAAUUUAUCAUAAAAUUCAUUCCAGUUGUUACAUUAAUGUUAGGAAGAGGCAAAAAGAUUAAAUUUAGGAAUGUGGAAAAGUGGAGAAUUAGAUAGAAGUAUGCUUAAUUCUUUGACUUCAUAAAUAAAAGGAUAAGUAAUUGAAAUUAUUGAAGCAAAUUAAUUUUAUAUUAAGACUGAUAGAGAAACUUUAAAUAUUAAAUUAGAGAGAAUUUUUAUUGAAGGUUUAGAAGCAAAAGAAUUUACAAGAAGAUUAUUGAUUGGAAAAUAAGUUUACAUUUUAUAAGUUGGUGAUAAUUCUCCUAUUUAUACAAUAUAAUUAAUUGAAAAUAAUCUUGAUAUAGAAGAAGAACUUAUUUCAAAUGGAUGGGCUACACCAAAAGAGAAUCAUCCUGGCUUAUCAAAAUUCAAAUAUUAAUAAUAUUAAUAACUUAAUUAGAUUGCUAAAUAAAAAAGAUUAGGAUAAUAUAGUGAAGAAUUGACUUGGAGAAUUGAAGAUUAAACUCAUUCUAAAUAAGGGAAAUGUGUAAAUGAAAUAAUUUGGUCAAGUAUAUAAAGAGAUAAAUAAAGUGCUAAAUAAUCUGGAACAAGCACAGGAAUCAGUAUAAAGGAAGAUUAUUAAUUAGAAGCAGUUGUAGAUAAAAUUAAUAUUAAUGGAUUUUUAUAAUUGAGCAUUAUUAAAUAUCAUUCUUUAAUCAAUUUCUAAUUAAAUGGAAUUACUAAUUUAGUAGAAUUUGAAACGAGUUUUCCAACAAUAAUAAAAUAUGAAGAAUAAAGAAAAUAAUAUACUUAUAAUUUGUUAAUGUAAAGAAAUGUUUGGGUUAAUUUUGAGCAUUUUAAUAUUUAAGAAAAUAUAUUCUAUGGUAAAAUUUAUCAAAGAAAAAACAAUAAAGACAGUGAUUUUAUAAUAAAUUUAUUAUAAGAAGGUUUAACAUUUAUGAAGAGUAAUUCUGAUUAUUUUGAUAAAUAUGAGGAGGCUUAAAAAUAAGCAGAAGAAAAUAAAAAAGGAUUCUGGAAUGAAUCAUAUUCAAAUUUUAUAUUGGAUUUUAUUCAUAAUAAAUAAACAUUGAAAAGGUAAGUAAAUGCAGCAGAACAUUUAUAAGAACAUGAUAAUUAAUAAAUGGAAUAAGUAAUUAUUACAGUUGUUAAUGAUUGUAAUGAAUUUUAUAUUAGAAAAUCAAAUAAUCCUGAAUUCGAGGAGUUAGAAAUUUAGAUUGAAAAUGCACAGUUAAUUGUAAUAAUAUUUAUUAUAUAUUAAACAGCCUUUAAAAAAACCUGUUAAAAAGGGAACACUUUGCUUAGCCAAAUUUACAGAAGACAAUAGAAUAUAUAGAGCAUAAGUAAUUUAAGCAUUUAAGAAUGACAGAUUCUUGGUUAAAUUUAUAGACUAUGGUAAUAAUGAUGAAAUUGGAUUUAAUGAAAUGGGAGUGUUACCUGCAUAAUUUACACAUAUACCUUAAUAAACAAGAAUGUGUGCUUUGGCAUAUUUAAGAGUUCCAUAUUAAACUCAUGAAUUUUCAGAUGAGGCUGCUGAAAUUUUGAGAGAAUUGAUACUUGAAUAAUUUUUUGAUUGUAAAGUUAAAUACAUAGAAAAAAGUACAAAUAGGCAUUUUGUAACUUUAUAACAUUAAGGUCAGAUAGAUGAAUUAUAAUUUAGUAUUAACAAAUUGGCUUUGGAUAGAGGGUAAUAACAAAUUUAUAAAUUUAGAAUAGGGCGUAUAGAUCAUCGAUAACCUUAUAAUCCAUUAAAAGAAUUCUAAAUUAGUGAACAAGAUGCAAAAGCAAAUGGAAUUGGUAUAUGGGGAUUUGAUGAUUGUUUGGAAGAUGAGAAAUAAUUUGAAGAUGAGUAUGACUUUUAUUCGUGAUUUAAUAUAUAUAUUUUAUUAUUAUGGGG